AUGGAGAAAUCCAGUGGGAAGCUAAACAAUGGAUCAACAGCUCCUGGAGUACCACAGGCUGAGGAGGACAGUCCUGUGCCAGCUGAGGAGGGUGCUGCAGGACUGAGCAGAGCAGGACCCCCAGCUGAAAACAGUGUGGAUGUGGAGAGGCUGGAAUUCACUGAAGAAGGUGUUAAAGAAAUGGAGGGACCUUCAGGCACAGAGCCAGCCAGUCCUGAUGCCUCUAAACCAGCCAUUUUGGAAACAGACUGUCCAAAGUCAGAGCCUCUCGUUAUGCUAAUGAACGCAACCUCUGCCCAAAUAUGCAGUUUGGAAAGGAACCAGCAGUGUCCAACCACAGCAUCUCUUGACAUGGACUGCCUAGUUUGCUUCAACAAGUACAACAUCUACAGAAUCCCAAAGCUCCUGGACUGCCAGCAUGCCUUCUGUGCUGUCUGCCUCAAGCUCAUCCUCAGGAGAGAAGAUGACACCUGGCUCAUCACCUGCCCCCUCUGCAGAAAGGCCACUGGUGUGUCAGGAGGACUCAUCCGCACACUUCAAAAUAAAGAAGAUAUCAUGGAGCACUUGGAAAACCUUGAUUCAAAUCCUGAGGUACACAUUUCUGCUAUAGGGCUUGACAGCACUAGCUGGACUCAGAGCAGGCAAUACACAGAGGAAAAUGUUCCAGCAGACAACAGACUGGCUGUCCAGAGACUUGUGCUGCUCCUGCUGCUGCUGGUGAUCCUCACUAUCCUCAUCCUCCCAUUCAUCUACUCGGGGAUGAUAAAAUGGGUAAUUUGUCUCAUGCUUCUUCUGGGGUUGGUCAUGUCUAUGGUGCUUUGCUGCACUCCUAAUUUCUACUGCAGGUGUAACAGGAACUCACUCACCUCCUGCCACAAGGAGACUCACAUUGUUGCUAUUGCCUGA